AUGAGGGCCCUUCUUCACAUGUGCAAUCCCCAUGUCCAUGUGAGCAGCAGCAGAUGCUUCGUCCCCGUCAUGUCCCUCAUGCUCCUCGCUGCUCUUCUCGCGGCUUCCAACCUGCUGUGCACCACCUUCCCACACCCAUGGCGCGUGUUUUCUUCUCACCUUCACACAGGAUCACGACCUGGCGAGGGCGGGGGCUGCGACAUCUUCAGGGGCGACUGGGUGCCCGACCCGGACGCGCCCUACUACACCAACGACACCUGCUCGGUCAUCCACGAGCACUACGACUGCAUGAGGUUCGGCAAGCCCGACCUUGGCUUCGUCAACUGGCGGUGGCGCCCCGACGGCGACGGCUGCGACCUGCCCCGCUUCGACCCGGCCCGCUUCCUCACCCUGAUGAGGGGCAAGACCAUCGCCUUCGUCGGGGACUCCCUCGCCAGGAACCACAAGGACUCCCUCAUCUGCCUCCUCACCAGAGUCGCGGAGCCUACGACGAGCUGGCCGAGCAGCAAGCACACGGUGUACCACUACGGCGAGUACAACUUCACCGUGGCCAGCUUCUGGGCGCCGUACCUGGUCCGGCACGAGCAGAUCGACGACGACGGGCCGGCGCACACGGGCCUCUGGAACCUCCACCUCGACGAGGCGGAGGACGUGUGGGCGGCGCGCAUCCCGGAGCUCGACUACGUCGUCGUGUCGGCGUCGAGCUGGUUCUACCGCCCGUCCAUGCUGUACGAGGCCGGCCGGCUCGUCGGCUGCCACUACUGCCAGCUGCCCAACGUCACGGACCUCACGCCGCGGUACGCGCUGCGCAUGGCCACGCGGGCCGCGCUGGGGGCGUUGUCCGGCGCCGACGGCCGGUUCAGCGGCACUGCGCUGCUGCGCACCGUGGACCCAUCGCAGUACGAGGGCGGGCAGUGGAACAGCGAGAACGGUAACUGCGUGCGGACGGCGCCGUCCCGGCGCGGCGAGAAGAGGGUCGAGGGCUUCGAGCGCGACUUCCGCGAGCUGCAGCUGGAGGAAUUCGCGGCGGCGGCGGAGAGGGCAGCGGCGGGCGUCAAGGUGAAGAUGAUGCUGAUGGACACGACGGAGGCGAUGAUACUGCGCGCGGACGCGCACCCCAGCAAGUACCGCGGCUGGACGCCGGAGAAGCACUUCACCCUGUACAACGACUGCGUGCACUGGUGCCUGCCGGGGGCCAUCGACACCUGGAACGAUAUGCUGCUCCAUAUGCUCAACUCUACUGCAUAA